CGUCUCGCGACGACGACGGUCGAGGCUCGACGGUAGUGUUGCCCGAUCCGCGACGUGUGUCGUUGCGGCGUGUUGUUCGUCCGUGUCCGCCAGAAACCCGCAGUCUCGUUAAUUUCCCCCAGCCAAAUGGACGAAACGGGAAUUAUUUCCGAGUUGACGACGCCCUCGGUCAGCAAAAAUAAAAGAGGCCAGGUAAGUGACGUCGUCGGGCGUUUACAUUAUUAUUAUCGUCGUCGUCGUCGAUGACGAUUUUAGCGAAUUGUUUUUUAAAUAAAUAAUUUUCUUUUUCCAGCCCAUUAGUAUCGGUAAAAAAUUAUCAAUCAUCAAUGUCUAUAUGGCCUUAAAAGCGGAAAAUCCCAAAAUCACGUACAAACUGCUGACGAAAACUAUCUCGGAAAGAACCGGCGUCGGCACGACGAGCGUCCAGCGCGUCUUGUCCGAGUACCACAAUACCAAGUCGAUAAAAGCGCCCGUCUUGAAGAAAGUGAGGUCGAGGCUGCUGGACGAAAUCAACGAAAUCGACCGGAACGCCAUGAGGCGGAAAGUGUACUCGUUCUGGUUAAACGGGGAGUUCCCCAUGCUCGACAAAAUCGUGUCGGCCGCGGUCGACGACGAAAACCUCCCGACGCUGAAACGGUCGUCGAUGUACAUGCUGCUGAAGGAGCUGAAAUUCGUGUUCAGGCGGCAGCUGCGGAACGGCGUGUUGACGGACUCUGAUGAUCUGAUUAUCUGGCGCCGGAACUAUCUGCGGGACAUACGGAAGUACCGCGAAGAAGGGAGGACGAUAUAUUAUUUGGACGAGACGAGCGCGAACGUCGGUCCUACCGUCACCAUGGUGCACAUUGCGUCUAACCGAGGUUUCGUGGACGGCGCCCUCUGGUGCUUCGAGUCGAAAACGAACAGCGCGGACUACCGGUACGAGUUGGACGGCGACCAGUUUACGGAGUGGUUCAAACAGACGUUGUCGUUGCUGGACGCCGGGUCGGUCGUGGUCGUCGACAACGCCCCGUAUCACUGUGCGAAACUCGAACAGAUUCCGUCGUCGUCGUGGAAAAAAUGGCAAAUCGUGCAGUGGCUCGAGAGUAAACACGUCUCGGUUGAUUCCCAGGCGUACGCCAAAGCCGAACUGCUGCGGUUGGUGGCGUCCCAUCAGGUCCACUACGACAAAUACGUGAUGGACGAAAUCGCCCGGGGCGAGGACAGAAUCGUUUUGCGGUUGCCGCCGUACCACGGCACGUUAAACCCCGUCGAACUGGCUUGGUCCGCGAUCAAGGCCGAUUUGAAAUCCCGCGACGUCCGGUGCGACCGUUUCGACGUGGCCCGACGGUCGGUCGUCGACGCCAUGAACCGACUGACCGCGGACAAUUGGUUGGAUUUCGAACGUCAGACCCGCCGCGAGGAGAGGACAUUCUGGAACCUCGACGACGUAAUGGACGACAUGCUCGACAACUACAGCGCGGACGUAACGAUCAAACUGAACGAUUCGUCUUUGUCGGAAAACGAGAACGAAUGACUGAGAAA